GAUUUCAGCACCACCUCCGCCGUCCAGCGGGCAAGAACACAUCCGCAACGAUGGCACCGCGAAUGAACGCUUUUAACAGCAUAUAACACUGAAUAGCUCCUUGAAAACGACGUCAGCGAAAGGACAGCGUAAAAUAAGACCACGAGGAGGAAACAACGAUUAUUCGUGAGUGUGUACAGUAGUUGAGGGCAGUCAUGCCUCUUGUGAAGAGGACCAUUGAGCCAAGGCAUCUGUGCAGAGGAGCUCUGCCUGAUGGGGUAACCAAUGAGCUGGAGUGUGUCACCAACAGCACACUGGCAGCCAUAAUCAAACAGCUGGGAGGACUUAGUCGGCAUGCUGAGGACAUAUUUGGGGAGCUGUUUAAAGAGGCUAUCGGCUUCUACAUGCGCAUGAACAGUUUACAAGAGCGCGUCGACCUGCUGGCAGUGAAAGUCACACAACUGGACUCCACUGUGGAAGAGGUGUCCCUACAGGACAUCAACAUGCGAAAGGCAUUCAAGAGUUCCACCAUCCAAGACCAGCAGGUGGUGUCCAGAAACUCCAUACCAAACCCUGUCAUGGAGAUGUACCAUCGCUGUGACAAACCACCCCCUCUGAACAUCCUUACACCUUACAGGGAUGACAAAAAGGACGGGCUCAAAUUCUACACAGAUCCCUCUUACUUCUUCAUCCUGUGGAAGGAAAAGAUGCUUCAAGCCACAGAAAACAAGAGGAAAGAGAAACGAAGGCAAAAGCAAGAGCAAAAACAUACGGAGGAUCCAUCUCGUGAGGUCAAGAAAGUCCGUAAAGCCCGGAACCGACGUCAGGAGUGGAAUAUGAUGGCGUACGACAAGGAGUUUCGCCCGGACACUCGCCUAACCCCAUCUCCUUACCACGGCAUGUCCUCAGAGGGGUCUCUGUCACCUGAUAGAUCUGGCAUGUCAGAUGAGCACUCGUACCCGGCCAGUCCAAACCACUCACUGGAGGCAGGUGGAGCAGGGGUUGAUGGGACAGACUCAGGUCCCGCACAGACUCAGUCUCUGGACCGAGCGUACCGCCCCCCCGCCUCAGUCACAUCUGCUGCAGCCCGACAGCACUCUCUGGGCCGCAUGCAGGCGCAUCACGGGCCCCCGCCGGCAGACUCCUCCCUCAACGGACCACGCUCAACAGCUGCCAAAGAAUACAGCGGUCAUCAAAUACUUGAACAUUUUGCGCCACCUGCACCUCCUCCACCUCCUCCGCUCAUCCCGUCAUCUCAGACCGCCUUUGACAGCACGUCUGGAUCUCCGUCACUGGCUCCGGGUACAGUAGCCGCUCUCUCACGUCCAUACAGCCCAUCUCCUCCACCAGCUCCGCACUCUGCCUACGCCCCCUCCCCUUCACAUCCUGUAUUGGGCGGCCCACCGGUGGCCCCACCUCCUCCUCCACCAGGGCUGCCCAGCCACGCCCCAUCCCCAGCCCGGGUCACACACCUGUCCGGAGAGUCCACUCUACCCAGGAAGGGUCAGGUGCCUCUCAUCCCCAUGAGCGACGCCCGCAGUGACCUGCUGGCCGCCAUCCGCAGAGGUAUCCAGCUGCGAAAGGUGCAGGAACAGAGAGAGCAGGAGGCCAAAAAAGAGCCGGUGGGUAACGACGUGGCCACCAUUCUGUCCCGACGCAUCGCCGUGGAGUACAGUGAAUCAGACGAGGACUCUGAGCCAGAGGAGAACGAGUGGUCUGACUGAAGUGCCACCACUCACCUACCUAAUGCUGCUAAUUCCCAUACCUGCACCUACACACACCUCAUAUAGUCAGAUGGGCCUCGGGUGUAUGGGACUAGAGUAAGAGUAUCAGAAUGCUGCAGAGGCCAUAACAGAGAGAGAGAGAGAGAGAGAGAGAGAGACAGAGAUCAAAAGAGAGAGAGAGAGAGGAAAAGAGUUUGUGCAAUACAAAGUGGAAGGAUUCAGGCAAGUGCAGAAAUAGAGGGAAGAUUAUUUGUUUAAGAGCCUGAUCUCAUGAAAAUGUCAUUAUUGUGGCAACAUUUUUGCAAAAUGACUUUACAUGGUUCAUUACGUGUAUCUCGGCAGUUCAGAGGUGAAAUGUCCACUAAGUGGCGCUAAAAGCAAGUUAUAUGUUCUCCCAAACAGAUGAGGUUUUUAGGGUUAAUGUUCUAUCAAGUUUUAAAUCAAUAAAACCGACCUCCCUACCCUAAACCUAACCGAAAGUGUCAAAUGUGAGAUGAGAAAGAGAACCACGUAAUUUUGUGACGCUUCUAUGUGGUGCACCUAUAACACUUUCGGCACACAUGUGGACUCGCAUGCUCUUCAGGACUCAUACCCUGCUCUUUCAGUUCAGCAACCAAGCAAUUUAAACAUGCUUGAACAAGCUUGUAAAUGUAGUUGGUUAUGUAAUGCGUUAUAUGCAAGUCAUGCAUUAUUAAAAGUGUUUAGAUGUCAUAACAUAACAUUGUGUGUAGAACAGGGUGAAAAGAAAGUGUUUAUGAACUGAUAAUCUGCUGUUUUACUUGUGAUGUGUGUGAAAGUGUUGUUUUAGUGCCUCUAGUGUUCAUUUUACCAGCAAACUGCCACAAUACGUACAACAAUGCAUGUAAAAAACAUUCUGCAUAAAUGUAGGUAUAGUAACGUGAUUCUAUGAGACCAAGUUGGAAGAAAGUUUGGUGAGGUGAGCACAGGAACUGUCCAAACAGUGUAUCUCAUAAUAAAAGUAUGAAAUUAUACUUGUUAGCUUUUUCUUUCAGACUUGCCAGGAAAAUAUGUAUUCAAAAAUAUUUGUAUGUGAUUUUGAUUAUACUGUAUCUUUUGGUAUCGGUUCAGAGACUCAUGAAUAUAGCGAAAUACAUCUACAUUUGGUGGUGCACCAAAAUGAUUGUCAACGGUGAUAUUAGCACUUGUAUUAACUUUACACUCAUUUCUUUGCUGAAUCUCUGGUAUGGACAAUCAAAUCAUCGCUUUAGUAAAUAUUGAAAGUUGUUCUACUCAAAGUACUAGUUACAUUUGUCCUUCAAUAUCACAGCUCUCCAUUAUCAAAAAUGUUGUCACUUUGGUCAAUUGUGGACAGUGUUGUGAUGAAUAUUUAUAUCCCAGUUUAACAGUGAGUACAUUUAUUGAUGUUUUCAUUAUUAUUUUUGUAUUAUUACUAUUAUUUCUUAAAGGUGAUCUGUGUAACUCUUUUAAUGUUAAAAUACUUUCUCCUAUCCCAACUUAAAGGAAUAUUCUGGGUUCAAAACAAUUUUAUUAAGCUCAAUUGACAGCAUUUGUGGCAAAAUGUUGACCGGGGAGUGUUUUAAAAACCUGUUUGUCUCAGAAAUGACACACUUCCCAUUUAAUGAACAGUUAUGGCCAUUCAUUUAUCACUGCUUGCAGUUUACUAACAGUGUGUGUGUGUGUGUGUGUGUGUGUCUGUCUGUGUGUCUCUGUGUGUGUGCGUGUGUGUCUGUCUGUGUGUCUCUGUAUGUCUCUCUGUGUGUGUGCGUGUCUAUCUGUGUGUGUGUCUGUGUCUGUCUGUCUGUCUCUCUGUUUGUGUGUGUGCACUCGUGUGUGUGUCUAUCUGUCUGUAUGUGUGUGUGUGUGUCUGUCUGUGUGUCUCUGUAUGUCUCUCUGUGUGUGUGCGUGUGUCUAUCUGUGUGUGUGUCUGUCUGUCUGUCUCUCUGUUUGUGUGUGUGUGCACUCGUGUGUGUGUGUCUAUCUGUCUGUGUGUGUGUGCGUGUGUCUGUGAGUCUGUCUGUGUGUCUCUCUGUGUGUGUGCGUGUGUCUGUCUGUGUGUGUGUGUGUCUAUCUGUGUGUGUGUCUUUCUGUCUGUCUCUCUGUUUGUGUGUGUGUGUCUGUGUGCAUGUGUCUGUCUGUCUGUGUGUGAGUGUUUGUGUGUCUGUGUGCGUGUGUCUGUCUGUCUGUGUGUGUGUGUGUGUGUCUAUCUGUGUGUGUGUGUGUGUGUCUGUCUGUCUCUCUGUUUGUGUGUGUGUCUGUCUGUCUGUGUGUGUGCACUCGUGUGUGUGUGUCUGUCUGUCUGUAUGUGUGUGUGUGUCUGUCUGUCUGUGUGUGUGUGUGUGUGUGUGUGUGUGUGUGUCUGUCUGUCUGUGUGUGUGUGUCUGUGUGUGGGCAGUUUUAAGUGCUUUACGAGGACUUAUUUUUAAGGUUAUAAACUCGUAAUUACAAGGGUAUUAUGCUAUAAAUGUGGUUUAUGACAUUUCUAAUGGCCCUUAAUUCAAAUCAAUUAAAAACAUACAAAAUUAUGUUUUAUUGAAAAUGUAAAAAUGCAGAAAUUUUUGUAAGGGUUAGGUUAGGUGUGUGUGUCUGUCUGUGUCUCUGUGUGUGUGUGUGUGUGUGUGUGUGUGUGAGGUGUAUGUGUGUGUGUGAGGUGUAUGUGUGUGUGUGUGUGUGUGUGAGGUGUGUGUGUAUGUGUGUGUGUGUGAGAGGUGUAUAUGUGCGUGUGUUUGUGAGGUGUAUUUGUGUACACACACUCCACACCUCACACACACACACACACCUCAAUGACAAUAACAUAUUUUUCUGUUGAGUUAUGUAAAAUAUAGAUUAUAUAAUUUAACACAAUUGUCUGUAAUUUAAAUGUAUUAUCAAGGUGUUUUAAAAUGUAUUGUUGAAUAGAUUUUGUAACACUGCUUGAAAGAUGAAAUUGCCGUAUUUGUAUGUUUCGAUGGCUGUCUGUCACGUUGUAAGAAUUUUGUCUAAUAUGCAUGUAUAAUGAAUAAAAUGAAAGCGAUUU